CCACCAAAAUCACAGAAAAUAAAAAUGACGCCGCGGUGCGGUGCGUGCAAAUGCCUGAAGCGUAAGUGCGCAGAGGAUUGCCCGCUGGCGCCGUAUUUUCCGGCGGAAAAUCCUAAGAGGUUCAGCAACGUCGAUGAGGUGUUCGGCGGCAGUAACGUCGCCAAGGUUCUGACCGAAUUGGAUCCCAGCCAGCGCGAGGCCGCCGCUAAUUCACUGGCAUAUGAGGCGGAGCACCUCCUCCGCGAUCCCAUCCACAGCUACCUCCGCCAUAUCUCCAACCUCAAACAGCAGAUCGACCAGAUCCAUGCCGCUUUGGAUAAUUCCAAGACGGAAUUGGCCACCUACAUCGAUCCGUCCGCGCAUCAGCAGCAGCAACAACAACAACGGGCGGCUCAAGAGAAAGAAAUCACUGCGAUUGGCUCUUAUGAUGCAAGCGAUCACACACAGUUUGAACAUGAGCAUGAUCGGUUGGAUUCACUUUUUCUCCAGCAGCUCCAGCAGCUGCAAGACUACUUUGAGGCACAACAACGCCAAGCUCAAAUACCCUCAUUCCAGUAUUUUGUUGCAGCAAAUGUAUUUAGCUCGCAAAAGGGGAGAGAGAUCAGAGAUGCAUAGAUGAGGAGAAAUCGUAGAUCGUAUUCGCGUCACCAGUAUUUUUUGUAUUGGAUUCGAUGGAAGUCGAAAAGAUCGAUUAACAAU